AUGUUACGUGCAGUGUCUGUGGACUUCCCUGCCACGUGGGGAUCACUAAAAGAUGUAGUAUAUAAGCUUCUUCGGUGCGAUUUUGUUGACAGGGAUUUGUGGAAUUCUAGUUUCGGCUAUGUGUAUAGCCUAUGUACUUCAAGUCCGGUUUCUCAUGCAUCUACUUUGUAUAAAUCUACUACAACACUCAUUAGCGAGAGGGUAGAAGAAAUAGCAUCAGAGUUGGAGGUCAUGAGUGACUCUGAUUUACUUCCUAGAUAUGUCAAGUUUUGGGAGUCAUAUCAUCGCGGACUUACAUAUCUAGAUAUCCUUUAUAGAUAUAUGAAUACGCAGCACGUAAAGAAUUUAAGGCCAUCAGAAGCCGAUAUGUGCUAUGGGGCGGCACUUCCUAUGGCAGAUCAGCAUACUAUGGAAAUUCUGGAGGUCGGCCUUGCUUUCUGGAGACUAUAUCUAAUCGAUUGUAUGAAAAGUCGAUUGUCCUCUUGCUUGAUGCGCGAAGUUCUCAACGACAGAUUGGGGAUUUGUGGACAACAGAAUUGCAUACAUCCAUGUUUGGCUUCCCUUUUAAGAGUUGGAGAAGUAAGGGAUUUUGAAAGAGCUGGAAUGGAAAUAUACAACCAAAUAUUUCAGAACCCUCUGAUUGACGCUACGCGGUCAUUUUACUCGCAAUGGGCAUGUCAACGGGAGUCGGAAUUAGGAUGUACUCAGUAUGUGACUGAGGCACUAGCUUUGCGGACAGAAGAACAUAAUCGGGCUAUACAAUAUUAUAAAUGUUCACUGCUACCAAUGCAAAAUUUGUUUCAAGAAAUAAUUGUUGAACAACGUUUAAAUUUCCUUAAUAUGAACGUUCGCUAUGUCAUUGCUGAAGAGGAUAAAUCAAAUUUAAGAAAUCUUUUUCGGUUGCUAUCUCCGAAUAAUCUUUGUAACGAACUGUUACAUUGUUUUGGCGAAUAUGUUCGAACCAGUAUUUUAGAAGCUAUUUCCAACCUUCCAAAAGACUCUUCACUAACACAGGUUCAUUUUGCUGAGAGUCUCUUAAAUCUCCGAAGUAGAUUUUUGGAGCAUAUUGAUGAUGUUUUUGAUGGGAAAACUGGUUUCCGUAAUCAAAUGGAUAAAGCCUUUAAUUUGGCUGUGAAUAGUCGUGUACCUUCUUCAAGUAUUCUAGCCACAACAUCUAAACAAACUAAUUACAGACCAUCUGAAUUGUUAUGUCGAUACAUGGAUUCCUUAUUACGUAAAUCUGUCAAAACUAUGACUGUUUCAGAAAUUGAAACUAAGCUGACAGCGUCAAUUGCUAUUUUCAAGUAUAUUGAUGAUAAAGAUCUUUUCCAAAAGUAUUAUCAACGUAUGAUGUGCAAAAGACUGGUGUUCAAUUAUUCUUCCAUGCUUGAACUUGAAGAAUCUGUGAUUAAUCAGCUAAAAACUGUUUGUGGAUAUGAAUUUACUUCAAAAUUUCAGCGUAUGUUUAAUGAUGUUCAACUUAGUCCUGAGUUAAAUCGGAAGUUUAAUGAGUACUUACAAUCAAAAGAUAUACGUUUUACCUUUGGUCAUCAUUUUCAUGUUUUAACGCAAUGUUCGUGGCCAAUUUCACUUAGUGGUGUUACUGAUUUUUUACUCCCACUCGAAUUGUAUACAUGUACUUACCAUUUUGAAGAAUUCUAUACAGCAGCUCAUCAAGGAAGAAAAAUGAGAUGGGCACAUAGUUAUUCAACAGUGGAACUCCAAGUGCUUUUCACUGAUAAGACUUAUCAAAUACAAGCGCCUGCUAUUAAUGCUGCUAUCCUACUAUUUUUUGAUCAUAUGGACUCAGAUCGUAUCAAAGUGAAAGAUCUGCAUUUCGGGUUACAACUAGCGGUAUCUGAAGGUCGACCAACUAUAAGUAGUGAAAAUAACUCUACAUCUAAACGAAGUGUUCCAACCACUGACUCUUCAAUUACUAGUAAAAUGGAAACUUGUUCACAAGAUGUGUUGGAUUCUUCAUGUGAACUGGAUCUUAUUCAACGACUUUUGACACCACUAAUUGAAUUGAACAUAAUAUAUGUUGAAGCAACUGAAGGGCAAAGUAGUAAUUCUUCGGGUAACAUCGUGACAAUGGAUAGCGUUAUAGUCCUAAACCGUUCGUUUACAAGCAAACGUCUAAAGCUAAGGGUGAAUUUCGGCUCUCAAGGAAAAGAAUCAAACCAGUCGGAAGCUGAUCAGGUUGAUCGUCAAGUGAACGAGGAUCGGCGCUACUUCAUACAAGCUGCUAUUGUGCGAAUUUUAAAAGCUCGAAGACAGAUAAAGCAUGCACAGCUUAUUGAAACUAUUUUACAGCAAGCAUCUAACCGCUUCCAACCACCGAUACCACUAAUUAAGCGUUGCAUUGAAGGUCUAAUAGAUACUGGCUAUCUUGAACGAAAUCCAGAUGAUCCUGAUCAAUACAGUUAUCUUGCAUAA